ACGCGUUAUUACAUUUCGGCCUUGUUGGUCGAACGGGGAAAAAGUUUGUUCUCAGUUCUGUUUCCCCUCCGCUGAAAACAUGGGCUCCAGGAGGCGAUGUCGCCCGUCCUUCUUAUGCAAACUCGUUGCUUUUGCGCUCUGUUGUAGUUGCUGUUUUGGCGGCGAGUGUCCCGCUGACGGGCGCAUGUGGGUACCUUUUGGGAACAGCUGUUACCAUUUCGUCCAUGGGGAAGAAGAAGACGUCUUCAAGAGCUACAGCAUCGAGAGGGCCAAAGACCUCUGCCACGGAUAUGGCCUACUGACUGUAAACAGCAAGGAGGAGAACAUGUUUGUCAUCAAGUACAGCUCCGAAGUUUGGAAAGGCAACAGAAAUGUGUGGCUUGGGAUCUACUAUGAUUCUGAGAGUGAAGAGCUGGUGUGGCAGACGGAGGAGCAUCUAGAUUUCACCAACUGGGGCAAAUACUCGGAUGACUUGGUCAGCAUGGACACGUGUGGCGCCCUGAACGCCUCCAGCGGCAUGUGGGACUUGGUCAGCUGCGAGGAGACCUCAGAGAACGGCGUGGUGUGCGAGACACUGCAGGAACCAGAAAAGCCCAAAAAGAGUAACAGCUGGCUCCUCUCAGCUCUGGUCAUCCUCAGCGUUGUGGUCAUCUUGGGAAUCUCGGCCGUCAUCUGGUUCAUGCAGCAGAGGCACAGUUUUGGCCCCGUACUCUUCACCGCGUUCGAGUACCACCCGCCGUUCCGGGCCCUCUCACCCGACGAGGCCUGUCUCAUGGAGGUGGAGGAGACGGGGCCCCUGCCCUAAUGAAGCCCCUCCCCCAAAUCCCCAUCUGACCAAUGGAAGUAGGCGGCAACUUAUUGCAUCACAGGAAGUGACACUUGGCUUUCAGAAGCAUUUGGGUUCAAAUUUCUGUUUCUGGUAUAUAGCAGGGUAGGGGGUGUGUUGGGUGGGGGUGGGGGUCCUGCACCAGGUAAGGACUGCCCUCACCUCGCAGUUGUCAGGGUGUUAAAGGGGCCUGUUUUCAAUGCUGGCUUUUUCAGUGUCGCAUUUCUCAGAAACGACACUGCAUUUUAAAUAUGUAUUUGCCAUCGAUUUUUGCUACAUAGCCAUAUUUUGACUUGUUACCCUUUAAAAUAGGUGCCCUUCAGAAUCAGUAUUCUUGCACUGUUACGGGUAAAGCUGGUGUUUUUGUAAAAUGUGAAAAAAAGUUUGUGUGUGUCAGACUAGGCUUGGAAGCAGUACUAGAGAUCAAGGAGCUUAAGUGUUUGAAAUGCUGUAUACCCAAGUGCACUGCGCCCACUGUACAGUAUAUUAUUGGGGAUUUAGCAUCCAGUCGCUGCUGAGAUGAUUUUUUUGGGUUCUUCGGAUAAAAUGCACCGCGUAAACCUCUUUUGAGGCGCUGUGGCGUCACAUUCCUGGAUUGCAGUUCUCGUUUAAUUGUGAUAAUGCAGUAAAGCAGCUAAACGUUUGAAAUGUAAAGCCACAGAAUAUCGCAUUCAGGCUCACGCGGGAGGGUGUGUUUGUGCUGUUUAACGUUUAACAUUCACGUGACCGAGAAGCUUUGGCUGUCAGCGGUUUGAUGGUUUUUGAGGCGGGAUGGGAUUGUGUUCAGUCACUGUGUUUUUAGUCUGUAUGCAGUUAUUAAUAAACGGUUGCCGGGUGGUAAUCGGAGUGCUCCUUUAAA